GAACCAGGGGCCCAAUCCUACACAAGCAUCCAAUGCUUCUCCGCAUCAACCAUCCUCGACGCUAUUGAAGAGAAUGCAAAAGAAGGCAGCGACGACGAAGCGGACCAUUGCGUUCGAUCCUUUCCCGCCGGUUGGCAGCAAGGUGGCCAUUUCGUCCGUUUCGAAGAAAUGGCUGCACAUUCAAGAGGUGUACGGUGGGAAUGAUGAUCCGUUCCUGAGUUGCAUAACGCGUUGCAUGAAGCAUGCGGAUGAGAUAGAUGAGGAACUGCUGCAACCACCGCAAGAGGGUGACAUUGUGUUCGUUCCGUUUGACGGUUAUUUCUAUCGUGCCGUCGUCACGAAGGUCGAGGGAUGCAAUGGUACCGUGGUGUUCCCUGAUUUUGGAAACUUGGUAACCCUCCCUUGGCGCAAGAUGAAGGAAAUUCGCGACGCUUCUGUGAAGUAUGCCAACUGCCUAACGCAUGCCGUUGCCCUUCGUGAAGGAGCGCCGUUUACAAAGGUUGUGAAACAUUUCCUCAACGAGCUGGUCGAGGCGCACCAGUUUGAGUUAAUGCUUGUGGAGGACGGUCCCACAUCGGGUGUUAAAACGGUGGAGUUGCGUUACGUCGAGUCACAGUGUCUUUUGGGCGCCAAAGUGCUUUCCAUGACAACCCCAUGGCAGUGAAAACGAUCAUGCUCGAGGCAACGGAUCAGUUUAAUCGGAACGAAUACUUAGGAGAGCCCGAACAUAACUAUGGAUGUUUGGUAAACUUCGAAGGCGCCUGGAUCCGGGCGGUCAAGCUAACUGCGGACUGUGAAAAUCAAUUCUUUUUGAUAGACCUGGGACUCUUCUCCCAGCUUGACAAAUCGUGCCCCAAGCGCCGAUACACCUCAGGGCUCACAAGGAAGCUUUUCUGUUCGGAAUAUCAUAUAGAAAAUACUGGAUUUCUUUAUGAAGGUUAAAGCAAAGGUGUACUUGGAUGAAGAAUCUGAACUAUUUCGUUUUCAUAUGGAUUUUCUACGUUUUGUUUCUCUGGGCAGUUUAUUUUGUCCUACCUUAUUUUAAGGUAUUUCAG